CUUCAAGAAUGGCUUCAUUACAAGUAAUGUCCAAGCAGAUUCGUAAGUUGGAAGAGGAGGAAGAUGACGAUAAGUUUACAGGCGAUGGAAGUGUCGAUUUCCAUGGCUGCCCAGCAAUCAGACAAAAGACUGGGAAAUGGUUUGCUGGGACUAUAAUACUUUUAAACCAAGGCCUGGCAACUCUAGCUUUUUUCGGCGUGGGCGUGAACUUAGUCCUGUUCUUGACGAGAGUCCUUCAACAAGAUAAUGCCGAUGCUGCAAACAGCGUUAGCAAGUGGACGGGCACAGUCUACAUAUGCUCUCUCGUCGGGGCUUUCCUCAGCGACUCUUACUGGGGACGAUACAAAACCUGCGCCAUCUUCCAGCUCAUCUUUGUCAUCGGCCUUGUUCUGCUGUCCGCAUCCACGCAGUUCUUGUUGAUCAAGCCGAAAGGGUGUGGGGACGAGUUGAGCAAUUGCGGGGCCCACUCGAGCUGGGAAUUGGGCCUAUUUUACAUCUCUAUAUACAUGGUGGCCUUAGGAAAUGGGGGCUACCAGCCCAAUAUUGCCACGUUUGGGGCCGACCAGUUUGACGUGGAGGACUCAAGAGAAGGCCACUCAAAAGUCGCCUUCUUCAGCUACUUCUACCUUGCCCUCAACCUCGGCUCCCUCUUCUCCAACACCAUAUUAGGCUACUUCGAGGAUGGUGGCAUGUGGGCCCUCGGCUUCUGGGCCUCCACGGCCUCCGCCUUAUUGGGCCUACUCCUCUUCCUUGGAGGCACCGAGAGGUAUAGACACUUCAGGCCCAACGGGAACCCUUUGUCCCGUUUCGGCCAAGUCAUCGUUGCGGCUUCAAGGAAGUGGGGCCUCAAAGUCCCACCGCGCAGUGAAGGAGAAGAAAAAAAUUAUGAUAAUAAUAAUAAUAAUAAUAAUAAUAAUAAUAAUAAUAGUAACGGUUUGUACGAAGCCGAUCAAGGAACGACGGCGGCGAACAAAUCCGAUACCGGCAUUCGGAAGAUGCUUCACACUCAUGGGUUCAAGUUUUUAGACCGCGCGGCGCUCGUGACCCCGCCAGACGCCGAGCGUCUGAGGGCGAACGGCAGUCGGGACCCGUGGCGACUCUGCCCCGUCUCUCAAGUGGAAGAAGUCAAGUGCAUUCUCCGACUGCUCCCCAUUUGGCUAUGCACGAUAAUCUACUCGGUCGUUUUCACCCAAAUGGCCUCGCUUUUCGUCGAGCAAGGGGACGCCAUGCGGACGAGCGUUUCUAACUUUAGGAUACCCGCCGCCAGCAUGUCGAGCUUCGAUAUCCUCAGCGUUGCCGCCUUCAUCUUCUUGUACCGCCGCGUAAUCGACCCAUUGGCCCGUCGGUUCAACCCGGGCCGAGUCGGGCUCACCGAGCUCCAGCGGAUGGGGAUCGGGCUCGUUAUAGCCAUCUUAGCCAUGGUAUCAGCUGGGGUUGUGGAGAUCUACCGACUAAAGUACGCGCGAAAAGACUGCAGGCAUUGCCAGGGGUCGAGCUCGCUGAGUAUCUUCUGGCAAGUGCCGCAGUAUGCCUUAAUAGGGGCGUCUGAGGUGUUUAUGUACGUCGGGCAGCUCGAGUUUUUCAAUGCGCAGGCGCCGGACGGGCUCAAGAGCUUCGGGAGUGCGCUAUGCAUGACAUCGAUAUCGCUCGGGAAUUACGUCAGCAGCUUGCUGGUGUCGAUCGUGAUGAAGAUAUCUACUGUGGAUAAUAUGCCAGGGUGGAUUCCUGGGAAUCUGAAUAAGGGACACCUGGACAGGUUUUAUUUUUUGCUGGCAGGGCUUACGGCUGUGGAUUUGAUUGUGUACAUCGGGUGCGCCGUAUGGUACAAGGGGAUUAAGCGCGGAGGGAGGAAUGGGGAGGAUGAGGAUAUGGGGUAUGGAGUGUGAUGACAUGGAAUACUAUAUUACUAUGUACAACGAGGAUGAAUAUUUGAUGCAUCCGGAGUGUGUGCCUGGAGGAAGUUAAUAUUAUUAUUCUUCACCUCAGAAAGUAAGGUUGUAAAAUGUGUGGGGAUAGUGAACUAGUCAGAGUGAGGUUUCGGUUUAACAAACUCACAUUAGAGAUCGAUCUCUCGAUCAUGGUUUGUUGGUUUCUACAGGUGAAUCGUCUUAUGUGAAAUGUACUUGUACUUCCCUCCAAAUCCAUGUAUGUACUAGAUAAUAUAUUAUCUAACAAAUUUAGUUUUCGAUUCCAA